AUGCACAGCGCUCGGCUUGACAGUUUCCUGGGCCAACUGCGCUGGGAACUGCUGUGUGGCCGGGACUCCGGCUCACCCCCAAUGCCUGGUCCCCUUCCUCCACCCCCCAAACACCGCCCAGGCGUGCGGCUCAAGCACCAGCUCAGGGCCUCAGAUGCAUUGGAAGAAGACUCGGUCUGUGGUGUGGAGGAAGAGGAGGAAGAAGUUGGGGUGACAGGAGACAGGAGUGCAGCCUUGGGGGGCCCCAGGGAGCAUGGCCUGGACUGGGACUCCGGCUUCUCAGAGGUGUCGGGCAGCACAUGGAGAGAGGAAGAGCUGCCCAUACCCCAGCACCCAGCACCCUCGGCAUGGCCCCCCCGAAGACAGCGCCUCUCAACCAGUGGUGUCGCCCAGCCUGGCGGAGCGCCUGUGGCCCGGGUACCACCUGUCCACCGACCACGGCCCAAGUCCACCCCAGACGCCUGCCUGGAACACUGGCAGGGGCUGGAAGCCGAGGACUGGACCACGGCCCUGCUGAGCAGGGGUCGUAGUCGCCAGCCCCUGGUGCUGGGGGACAACUGCUUUGCGGACUUGGUGCACAACUGGAUGGAGCUGCCCGAGGCAGCGGGUGAGGGGGACGAUGGGGGUGGGCCCCGUGCCCGUGCUCGGCCCCCCCAGUUCCUGCUGGGCCUCUCUGAGCAGCUGCGGCGCCAGCUGGCCAGAGCGCGCCGGGCAGCGCUGGCAGGAAAGCGACUGUCAUGCCCACCUCGCCCGGAACCUGAACUACCUACAGAUGUCUCACGCUUUGCAGCCCUCAUGAGUUGCCGCAGUCGGCAGCCCAUCAUUUGCAAUGAUGUUGUCAGCUACCUCUGA